AUGCAUUUGGUGAUGGCUGCGAGUCCUUUCAUUUUCAUUACUCUAUUUCUGUCAGUGGUCGAAACCAAGUUCUACAGACCACUCCAGUAUAACCAGUAUAAAGCCGGGCUCAAUCAACACCAUGACCAAGGGAAACCUACCAGCAGACACAAGAACCACUGUGCUUAUGUCACUGAGAAGACGGUUUCCUUCACUGUGCAGGAUGGGGCAGCCCCCUAUGUAAAAGCCGAAUACAACAAGUGUACCAGGGGUCAGAAAUGUCCAACGCUGAUGUACCGUCUGCUCUACAAACCAUUGUUCAAGGUGGCGCAUAAAACUGUCACAGAGCUGGAAUGGCGAUGUUGUCCAGGGUACUCUGGCUAUGGCUGCAUGGAGGGUCCUCCAGUUUACCAACACCCGAUGAAAAUGAUGCCACCAUUCAAGGGCCCUCCAAUGAAAGGCCCACAGUUCAAGGGGCCACAGUUUAAGGGCCCAAUGUACAAAGGCCCCAUGUUCAAGGGUCCCAUGUUUAAAGGCCCCCCUAUUAACGCUGCUGUGAAGGCCAACCCAUGGAGUCAAGCCAAAGGACCGCCCACCGGCAGCUUCAACUACCAAAUGCGUCACUUUGAGCCUCAGACCUCCUCCUUCUAUCCAGAAACCUCCUUCCAGCCCUAUUCACCUGAGCCGGAGCCAGAACAACAGCCGAUGCCAGACCACCAGGAGCCACAUAACACCGAACAUGACCAAGAACAUGACCAAGAACACGACCAAGAACAUGAGCAUGAACAUGAGCAUGAACAUGAACAUGAGCCCAGCCACAGACCUGAAGAACACAUACUAGAGGAAAUCCCUCCUCCUUCCUCUGGAGGGGAACAUCCUGAGGGCGAGACCACAGGCCAGGCUCUGGACACUGAGACAGACGAGCGCAUAUAUCGAAUGGAGGAAGACGUGCAACGUCUAAACAUGGGUUUGGAGACCUUGAGGGCGACUGUAAAUGGCCUAGAAGACAGUCUACGAGCAUCUCUGAGGGAGGACGCCAACAGGAUGCUGUCAGCUCUGUUCUCUGCUGCCCCGGGGCCUGUUCCGGCUCCAGCUGUAGCCUCUAAUCCAUCCACCGUCGGUUUUGCGGAGAUUCCCGGGGGGGAUGCUGGGUCAGAGGGUCUUGAUGGCAGACAAGUGUUCACAGGUCUUACAGAACUGAAUGGAAGAGUAGAGGAGCUCAGGGCCGAGAUGCAAGCCAAGACGGUAGAGCUGCUGGAACUCAAAGCAACAGUGAUGGGACAUGAUGGACAGCUGAAAAAGGUGCCAGACAGAGCGGGAGCGGUAUCGAACUCUACUGACAAUUUUGCCCCGGGAGCAAUGGGAAAGAUGAUGGAUGCCAAGCUGAAUGCAGCCAGGACAGAAAUCCUCGGUGGGUUUGAGAAGCGUGUGGAGAGUGCAGAGGGCCGAUGUGAGGAGAAAGCUGGGGAUGUGCGACGUCAGUGCCAGAGGGAGCAAGGUGAAAGGCAGGAGAAGAUGGAAGAUGCUCUGCAUGAAAGUGAGACCGACUUUAGAACAGAGCUGAUAAAGCUCCAGGCACAGAUCCAUGGUUUCAAGGCUUCAGAAAGCUGCUGUGGCAGAUUCAGUGGAAUGGUUGAAAGGGUGCGACUGCUGGAAACAUCUGUGGCAGGCCUCAACCAGUCCCAGGGGCACCUGAGAGUGGAGCUCGGUGGACACAGAGACCACAUUGAUGGAUUGAUCGAGGGACGUCUGGUGUAUGUUGAGGAAAAGCUCAACCUGACUGGGCAGAUGCAAAGUGAUGAGACAGGGAGAAGGAGUGUCCCACACCGAAAUGAGACUGGGACGGGCCUGGAGACCAGAGUGGAGGGGAAGCUGAGGGCUCUGGAAGGACGUCUACUGAUGGCUUUGGAGGAGCUCGGUAACACCACUGCCCCUGCACUGCUGGAGGGUCAUGCUGUUCCCGCUCUGGAGACAGAACUGGACUCCAUCCGAGAAAGAAUAGAGGUGGAUGUGGACCGAGUGCAGAAACACCUGAAUAAACUUGAGCUACGCUGCUCGUCGUCCUGUUCCUCACCUCAACGCCCAUCUGUCAUUCAGGGAGACUCUGCUGUGCCAAGUGCAGAGGAGGAGUCCGUCAAGGAUGUGUUGGACGUGCAAGAAGACCGUUUGAAUACCUUUAAUGUGACACUGCAGAACAUCCUGAGGCGUCUGAGCGUUAGGGAGCAACAGGUACAAGCUGAAGCAGAUGCUCCUACCCAGGGAGAGCUCACUAUCCUCAAGUUUAAUGUUCGCUCAGUCAACCGCACUCUGAGAGUCAUCCAGAGCUCCCUGGGAACAGUCGUCCACCAAGUUGGUCAAGCCAACAGCUCCUGGCACGAGAGAGAGGCUCGUCUCGCCCAGCAGAUAAAGGGAGUGGUCAAUCUGGUCGGACAUCAAGCUUCCAUGCUUGGGGCAGGUGAACGCAGACUGACCCGUCUUAAGGGUGAGCUGCACGAGAUGAAGAGGCGGCUAGCGGACGAGGUGCAGGGCUGCCGGAGCACAGCUAUGGGGGUCCAGAAAGAGGUGACAGUGGUUGAGGGGCGUGUUACCAGUGUGGAAGACCAGUGCAAAGGCCUAAAUUACAUGGCAGAGGACCUGGAGAGAAUCAGGGAGGAGCUGGAGAAACAAUCAAAUGGACUUCUCCUGCAAGUAAAUGGCACUCUGUCCAGCCACGCUCAGCAGCUGACUGAGCUGAGAGGUGAAGUCAGAAACUGCACUGAAAAGGCAGAGCCAGCCCCCCCGAGUAUAGAGCUGGAGUCAGAGCCAAGGCGAGGGGACACCUUCACUUUGAACUAGUUCAGUGUAUACGGACAAUGGGUUUGAAAAAAAUGAAUCAAAUGGGUCAAAUAUUCUGCAGGUGUAGUGGCAGUCCACUAAAAACCCCAUGUUACCGUCUGAAAUCUGUAAAAUACAAAGGUUUUGAAACCUGCACUGAAAUGGCAGCUAAUUCCACCUGCGCUCAUAACACAGAAUCCUGACUUUAUAUCUUUGAGGUGCUAAGAUGAACAGUUUGUUUCAAUGGACAGUUAUUAAGAGCCUGAAGUAUUGAGGAGAACAUCAGCAGACUGCACCUUACUGUACCGUCUCUGUAAAGAUUAUGAAAUUAACAGUUGUUUGACAAUGUUUACAUGUUUAAGUUGUUUUGUAUUGAAUCUUCUUUUGUCUUUUCUAGAAGUACCCAAGAUAUUAUGUUUUUAUAUGGUUUCCCUUUUUUGUUUUUUAGCAUUACCUUCUCUUCUACUUGUAUUCCUGCAUAAAAU